AUGAUCAAACUUUCUUGUUUUCAUGCUAUAUAUACAGUCAUGUUUAAAACUUAAUAUUGCAAUUUUGCAAUAAAAUAGAGUUAUAAAAGCAAGCAACACAAAAAGAAACAGGAAAGGAAGGAGGAGAAGCAGGUUGGGAGUCGAGUGGCCUGUUUGACCGACAAUUCAUUUGGCAAUCUCAAAACUACCAAAAUUGAGCCACCAGUUGAUUGAUCACCCUUGUGAACCAUUAUGAAAGGUACCCAACCUGCUGGUAGUCAAUGGCUCUUUUGGUUUUGCUAUUAUUUAUAUUAUUAAGAUUGGGAUUUUAUUGUACUUUGCAUUUCUGCAAGUUAUUAUAAUUCCUAAUAUGGGGUGUUCAUAGUUUGCUUCCCGUUAGAAUCUAUAUGAAAUAAUGUUGCUGUUUCAUAUUCGCCUUCUCUGAUCCGUCUGGUCUUAGUGCUAUCAACUGAGUGUGUGUUCAGUGAAUCCACCAUAUACCGGCUGCUCCCAGAACUUCCCAAAUCUUUGUCACAAGUUUGGGGUCUUCAAGGAAACAACAUCGAGUGGAAGAAAAGUUUGCAUACAUCAUACACUCCCCAAACCUACAUCCGAGUGGGAUGCACCCGUUGGAGACUUAUAUACAUACGCAUAUCCUGUGGAUUCUGUGGCGGAGACAUUUUUUGGAUAAGGGGUAUGAUUGUAAUUUCACUUUCAAGUCGGACCCCAAUGUAAGCCAUCAUUACCCAUCCGAUUGUCUAACAUCUGUGCUCUGCCUCCUCGCUGAUCAUAAUUGUUUCACCUACACCCCCAAAACUCCCCUCUCAACGGUGUGUCUUCACCAUUGCUGAAAUGGCCAAGACAAGGAGUAUGACUAGAAACCAGAAUCAUGCUGCAUCUAGUGGGAAGAGGUUCAAGGCUUCUGAUGAUGAUAAUUCACCACCCUGGUCAGACCUUCACCAUGAAUUGCUUUUUCUAAUCAUGAUGCAAAUGGGAAUUGUUGAUUUUCUUGCAUUCAGCGGAGUUUGCAAAUCAUGGAGGGAACUCGCGCUUGCUAACAAGCACCGAUUUAUGGCAUCCAGACAGCCAAUGUCCAUAUAUAUGUCUUUUACUGGUGCACAGAACGCCUGCUAUCUGGAUGACUUUAUGGGAAGGAAGUUCAAAACCAUCCUUCCCACAUCUACUGUCAGGAUGUGUGUCGGAUUAACUUCUGGUUACUUGAUCCUAUUCGGGAAAAAAAAACGUGAUUUCUUGCUUGUGAAUCCUAUCACAAGGCAUGAACUUCAUUUCCCAGUUUACCCCUUUUAUGUAGGUACCAAACCAUCAAGAAUCAGGGCUAUUCUCGUCUAUUCACCUUCAUUGUCGGGAUGGGUGUUCUUGAUCACUAUCAGAUUCUCCACAACAGUAUCAUUCUCUUUAGCUGGUGAACGAUCCUGCUGGAAAUAUCUCUCGUGCCGAUUCCCCAUCUGCGAUAUACAUGCUUUCAAAGGCAAGAUAUACAUGUUAGAUGUUAAUAGUCGUUUGUAUGAAACGAGACUCAAUCAAAUCCCGACCUUGAUGUCACUCAAACUCAAGAAUACCCCAGAUUCGUACCUCGUGCUUCCAGAGUUUGUAAGUUCGGGUGAAAACAUCUAUCUGAUGGGCUCUGUUUCUGGAAACUUGUAUAUGGUUCAGGAAGUGGAUUUCGACAAAAUGAAAUGGUCAUACCCGAAAAACACAUUAGGGGAAUAUACACUCUUUUUGGGCGACUCCAAGUGUUCUGCGGCUAUUAAACCAUCAAGCUGGGAUGAUUCACAGAAGCAGUUUGAGAGGUCCGCUUACUUAUAUGGCGGAUACGACAAAACACGAACGGCAAGUUCGUUUACGGGCCACAUGUGGUACUUCCCCCAUGACUGUUUCAAUGUUAAUCUCUUGGAGGAGUGAUGCUUGUGAGUUCUCUCUUAUCUUUGGUUUUAUAAUGAUGGAUUUGAAAUCAGAAUUUGGGUAUUUUGAAUCUUUUUAUAAUGGUUUUGAGAACCAGAAACACCAUCAGGUGGAUUUGGAUUCUGCUGGUUAUGGUUAAAAGAGUCUUUGUCACCUUUUCCCUGUGGGUGGACACAAAUAUCAAUUACAUCUCCUGCUUUAUGACA